AUGGCCUCCGUGUCUGAGCUUGCUUAUAUUUAUUCCACACUCAUCCUCCAUGAUGAUGAAGUGGCUAUUACAGAAGACAAGUUAAAUGCUCUCAUUACAGAAGAACAUUUCUGGCCCAGUCUCUUUGUAAAGGCUGUUGUCAACAUUAACAUUGGCAGCUUGAUUUUCAAUGUAGAAGCUGGUGGUGGGGCCCCAGUUGCCAGUACUGCUACCCCAGCUGAAGAAAAGAAUGAAGAGAAGAAGGAAGAAGUCUGA